UUUCUGCUUAGGUACUGGAAAAUGGCACGGAUGAUUUUAUUUUUCAAAAGGAUCCUUUAAGACUUCAGUAGAGUAACUACUGUCUCUCUGAGUACUGGGGCUGGAGAAAGCAAGUCUUCUCGAGACAAAGACAAGAGAAUGAAUCAUGAUAAUACCAUACUUUCAAGUCAGACAAAAGUCUUAAUGUUGUAUAUCCAAAUCCCAGAUUGACUAAGCCAACAGCAAUUCCCACUAUACAUUCCCAAGGGAGGUAUACUGUACUCAUACCAACUUGUAUAAAAUUUCUGUACCAUUCCUUGAAAUGAUCACGACCUCAUUUGAGAAAGCCACUAGGAGUGUAAAAAUGCCUGACGCUUUCCGGCAGGAGCCCGAGUCAAAUGGUGCUGUAAUUUGGUGUUUAUACCAUCUAAUGUCCGUGAUUCUUAUGGUUCCCUAUCUCAUUGCAAGUGAAUGUGACCGUAUGUUCAUCAGUAAUGCUGUUGGCAGGAAGAAUGGUACAUUUGAGGCACCAUUAAUAUUCAACCCCAUGAAUCAUUCUCGGCAGUGUAUUUUUACCUUCAUAGCUGCAGAGGACGAGCGAGUUAGAGUAACUUUCAAUAAAUUUAAUCUCCGGGAUUCUCCACCCGAAUGCAAUAACGAAUUUGUCGAUUUGUAUACUGAGAUUGACGAUCCUUUAAUAGACCUUAUCAAAACACCAUUUGGAGGGCGCUACUGUGGCAGAAUCUUACCUCGCACUCGCAUCUCUAUGUAUCAAACACUUGUCAUUGGUUUCCAUACAGAUGUCACUGUUGAAACUUCAGACAUUUUCCAAGGAACAUACGAGUUUGUUAAUGCUUCCAAGUAUGAAAUUGGCACACCAGCACCUAGUUCUGUCUGCACUUUUACAAUAUAUCAUGAUAGAAAAAAAGAAGGUAGUUUUGUCUCACCUACAUAUCCUGGAGUAUAUCCUAAAAACCUAAAUUGCCAGUAUCGCUUUUUAGGUGGAGCAGGUCAGAGGGUCCGUGUAGAGUUUAUGGACUUUGACUUAUUUUAUGGAGGACCUCACUGCCCUUUUGAUCAUGUAAAAGUGUAUGAUGGCAGUUCGAGUGAGGAUCCCUUGAUUGGAACCUACUGUGGUCAGCGACGUAACCUCAUGGUGUAUUCUUCUGCAGAGAAUCUGUAUGUAGAGUUUAAAACAUUAAAGAGAACAGCUGAUACACAAAACAGAGGAUUCUCUGGCUUCUUCGAAUUUAGUGAAGUGUUUGUAAAUUUAGCCUUUAUUGGAAAACAUGAUGCCCAGCAUAUCAGGGGAACAGAGUGUGAUCAGAAGGUAUUGAGCAAGCAGGAGUCCAACGGUACUGUUUAUUCUCCUAAUUGGCCAUUUCUCUAUUACUCACACAUUAUGUGUCGCUACUACAUCUAUGGUAUGGAAGAUGCUCAAAACUUGGAGAAAGUCAGGCUUGAGUUUGACAAGUUCGACAUUCCUAACAAUGAUGAAGAGUGUAAUGAAGCUUACCUAAAGCUCUAUCUGCAAGGCCAAGAAGAAAGACAUGCAGUGGAUGAGUAUGAUCAUGUUUUCUGUGGAGAGGUUGUUCCUCCUCCUGUUGUGUCAGAAGGACCUCGCCUGAUGAUGAUCUUCAGUAGUGGUUCUUCACAAGGAAAAGGAUUUAAAGUUAGAUAUACAUUUCAAACAGACUACAGAGUUCCUGGUACACCUUCUCCUAAUGGGAAAUGCCAUUUUACCUACAAGAGUGAGAGCAGAAAAACAGGAGAGUUCAAUUCACCAAGGUACCCUGCCAACUAUCCUUCAAACACCUAUUGCCAGUACAUCUUCAAAGGACUUCCAGGAGAACAGGUCCAGUUUGUCUUCAACUACUUUAAAACCAAGCGUCUUCUGUCAACAUCCAGUGGGUAUAAUGAAAUGUGCACAGAAGACUGGAUUGAAAUAUUUGAAGUGUAUCCUAGUGGUAGAGAAAAUAAGUUUGGCAAGUACUGUUCCAAGACAGCUCCUGGACCUAUUGUGUCUGACGUGGGCAUACAUGAUAUGAAAGUGGUAUUUAGAACAGACAAAGUAGAGGUGGCUAGUGGAUUCAGUGCUACCUACUUAUUCAUUUCAUCUGCACAAAACUUAGAUUGUGGAGGAAAUAUAACAGGUAGUGCAAAUGGCAUAAUUACCAGCCCAAGUUUCCCCUCGAAAUACGAGGCUCACCGACAACUGUGUAACUGGUACAUCACCGUCCGGCCAUUUCACAAAGUUUUGUUCUUGUUUGACUUUUUCUUGAUUGAAGGGGAACCAGAUGAAAGGGGAUGCCCAGGAGCUGUUGUAAGAGUGUGGAGUGACCUUAGUCAGCCACCUAUUGAACUCUGUGGUGAAAAGUUAACAAAUGACACCCGUCAAAUACUCUCAUCCUCAAGUGUGUUAAAACUACAAUUUGUCACAGCAGAUAAGGCUGUUGGUUCUGGAGGAUUUAAAGCAGUCUGGACAGAGGUACAAGAAGCUGACACUGUGUGCAAAGGAUUACUUUGUGGACAAAGCGGGUUCUGUAUUUCAUCCAGCCUCAAAUGUAAUAAACUACCAAACUGUGGCAUCAAUGAUGACACUGAUGAAAAGAACUGUAAGAAAUUUCCCCCACAGCAUUGUGGUGCCAAAGAAGUUCAUAUGGACAUGUACCUUGUGGUUGGGUUAAGUGUUGGUGCAGCUGCAUUUUCCAUUCUUGCUCUAUGUGCCAUCUGCCACCGGAAACGUAAAAGACGGCGAGAUCACGUACCUCCUUUUGAGCACCGCCCACAGCCACCACGAGAAGUUCCCAGCAUGCACUUCAUGUCAGUGGAUAGUGUUUGAGGGUUAGAAAGUUUAGUUCAUGAAACCGAAGUUUAAAAAUAUUAUUGUGUUUACCAGGCAAGUGUUGAGACUGAUGUUUUUGCUCCUUAGAGGCAUCUAUAUACGGGUUACAAACUGACUGACAGUGGUCUUAAGAGUCAGGGAAUCUAGAAAAUGAAUUGAAGAAACAACACCAAACAAAUUUGAAAAAACCUGAGCUUCGAACACUGUCAUAUUUAUCUUGGCUUGAUAAAGGAAAUUUCAUUGUAGUUCUUUUGGUAGAGACACAAAAAUCAAGUCAGGUUUAGCUAACUUCACCUUCUCAUUUUGUGCUGAACACGUGGUUGCUCAAUACCUGUAGGAUAGCUUCUUGUAGCUUAGAUGACGUCACUGUGUCAUAACUGUCUGUAUUGUGACGUCAGUGUUUGGUUUCUAUUUUGUGUGAGGUGCUUCCACGGAACAGGUAUAAUUCACGUUCCAUAUAUAUUGCUCUAGCAUCAGAUUGGAUCAUAUAUUUCAUACAAAUUUAUUGGAUGAUCUGUUCAUAUUACACAUAUAGAGGGUAGUGUCCAACAGAUUGCUUAUUUGCUUGGUUUAUUCUAAGUGAAUAUAUAUUGAAAAUCUCAUUUUUUUAGCAACAAAAAUGAUUUCAAUUUGUAUGUUAAACUAUUUUAUAAUUUUUAUAUAUUUAUUUGUGCAAUAUACAUUUUUCUAGUUUUUGUUAUAAAAAUUUUAUCUUAAAUGUGUAGUAUUCUUAUAAUGCAGCAUUUCACUUUGUAUUUUUAUUUAAUUUUUUAGUUUUUACUGUUUGUAAAUAUACUAUUUACUUUGUUAGGAUAGCUUCCCAUACCUUAGACUAACUUGGUAUAAUCACAAGUACAACACUGGUAUCAUUCCUGUUUUCAUAUUUAACUUAGUAGAUUCUCUUACUGCUAAGAAAAAAUGUAAAAUAUAGUAAAGGUGACAAUUUA